AUGGCGGCAACCCUUCCUCUCUUAUGUAUCGAAGCAAUAAUUGAGAAUCUACUAGAGAAGAAUGAGCAACAACGACAACGACAAAACAAACAUCACCAGUCACAAAUUCUUAGUCUACUCUUAAUUAAUCGACAUUGGUGUCAAAGUAUCAUACCGAAACUUUGGAUUAAACCGUUUGACGAUUGCAAUCCUCGACACGAAUCUAAAUUAUUUCAAACGGUCGUAAAUUGUCUUGAUGAAGAAACAAAAAAAUCACUUGCUCCAGAGUUUUUGAAUAAACCACCACCAACAUUCCAAUAUAUUUACUUUAUUAAAUAUUUGAAUAUCAUAACAUUGAUUGAAGUAGCAGUUCACUCUCGAUUGAGAAGCAAUAGAAUUAAUCUGGCAUAUGCAAUUUACCAUAAAUUAAUCAGCAACAAUGUUGGUCACACUCUGAGUAAACUCAAUAUCAAUUUUGCGACAGCUUCUCGUACCCAUGGACAAUGGGACACUUUAAAAAAAUUCUCAAGUAAAAGUUUCGUUCGAGAUUGGGAUCCGUUUCAUCUUGCAAGCGGUCGGAACUCCCUCGCGUACCUUUUCAGUCUGACAAUAUCCGAGGAAUAUAGUCAUCGUUUUUUACCAGUUGCUGCACGAGUAUGUCCCAAUAUAUCGGAAAUUUUCAUUGAAAUUUUUCCUGGAGCAAGUACUUUUACGCAACCAAUUGCUUUGACUCGACUUUACAAGACGUUCUCGUUGCUGGAACUGUUUCCGAAAUUAUCGGUUUUCUGCUUAUUUCACGUUCGUGGUUUUCGCCGAAUUACUUACAAAUCCGACAAAUUCAUGGAAGAACUCGGUGAUUAUUUGCCAUCAAGAAAGUAUUAUCAAUUUGUUCUCGACAUAAAUCUCUAUUUUUCUAGCGAAUCCCUGGACAAAUUCUUUCAGAAGACAACGGCAACGUUUCAACAAUUUGCCAUUCCAUCAGUGGAUUAUGUCUCGGACGAAUGUUUGGACGUCUUUAUAAACUACGCGGAAAGUCAUGAAAUAAAAGAGCUUGAUAUCGGAAAGGCUAAACUCUCCUCUAAAGAAGCAUUAGAAGAAGCGAAAAAAGCCAUCCCGGUGAUUUAUCGUAAACCAGGCUACGAUUGGGAUUUUAUUAUCUUAGAAGACGAGUUAUGGGAUGAAUUGUUCUGGACUUUUUUCUAA